GCGUAGAGAAAUGCAUGAUGGGUAAUGUGGGAAGACCUACGGUAAAGAUGGCGGCGUCCUCAUCAGCAGGACGCGUUUUGACUCUUUGCAAGCAGUUUCAAAACGUCUUUAGGAUAUCCUCAGCGAUUAAUACUCACCAGUGUACUUCUACUUUGACAAAAUGCCAGCCAGCAUCUUUACACAGGGAAAAGUCUCCACUCGCUGCCCUGUCUUGGUACAGUCCCAUCAGCCCUGUGGGUCAGUGUCGAGCACUGCACACGUCCAUCAGCAGGAGAGGGCUGGAGGAGUUCUUUGACUUCCCUGAGAACUGGGGAGAGACCACCGUGAAGUCAGGUGCACCAUGGACUGCCAAACAUCUGAGAACAAAGAGCAAUGAAGAUUUACACAAACUCUGGUAUGUGCUGUUGAAAGAGAAGAACUUGCUGCUCACACUUCAGCAGGAGGCAAAAAUACAAAGGGUUGCAAUGACAAGUCCAGAAAGAUUGAGGAAGGUUGAUCGGGGAUUGUUCAGACUGGAGUCGGUGGUGAAGGAGAGAGAGACUGCUCUGCGGCUGCUGCAGACGGGACAGGAGAAAGGCAGACCAGGUGCCUGGAGGAAGAACAUAUUUGGAUACGCCUACUGGUAUCGGUUUAAAGAAUAUGCUAUUCCUUGGUACAUGAACAGAAGGUAUAAGCGUAAGAGGUUCUUCACCCCCAAGUUCGUCCAACCACACAUAAGGCUGCGCUUAGAGAAGCAUCUUCGUGCUAAGUCCAGGAAUGCGAACUUCAAGAGGGAUACUCAGUCCAAACUCAAGGAGACGUUUCCUCAAAUGAAAGUUCCUGCAUCAUAAAAUCUCAAGUUCAUAUUUUGCAAUCAAGAAGUUUUUUUGGCAGAUGUGAACAUGACAUCUGUCCAGACGGUUAAUGUAAAGUCUAAAUCAGCUAAUUUUAAGUAACUAACUGUUGUCCUAUGUCGAGUGAGUGCAUUUAUCCAGCUGUAUGAUUCUAUAUAAAAGAUGCUACAUCACCCUGAAAUGUUUUCGUCACUCAUACCUUUUUUAUUUGUUUAACUAUUCCGUAAGAUGUGUAUUUAAAGGUAAAGUUUACCCCAAAAUGCAUAACUUUCCUCUGA